UGUAUUUCAUAUUUUCUGACCUACCUCCUCGCACCCUCCCCCCCCAGAACUGUAAUUAUAUUAGUGAAGCUGCAGGGGCUUUAAACAGUUCUUUCCAGUUCCUUUGCUUUUGCUGCCUUUCCAUGCUCUGCUGUCCCCUUUGGAUCUGGGGAUUUUUAUUUGUAUUUAUAGGGUGUGUGGCUCGUGUGCUGAAGAUCCACUGGGAGGCACGGCUAUUUUUGUUACACGCUGAUACUUUAGUCUGAAGUGCAGGCAUUGCCUUGGGAAAGGCUUAGGUUGUUCUGGGGGGCCAGGACUCUACAGAGAAGACAAGUUCAGCGAGGCACAAAGGAAGAAACAGAAUAGGGAGAAGGCUGAAAUCUCAAGAGCCCUUAUUUCUAAAUCUCAAGAUAGAGUCAGUGACCCAGAAGAAUUAUCUAAACUGCUGGUAUAACCUGACCUGCUUAGCAGAGUAUCUUGCACCGUCACUGCUAUGGCCGAGAUUACAACAGAAGGGCACAUGUCCACCACCACCACAGUAAUAGACAACAAGAAUGGAUCAGUUCUCACGCCACCAGCAAAAGUAGGAAAGAAGUCAGUUACAGAGGACCUAAUGACAACAUUCAGUUCACCAGCAGCAUGGCUUCUUGUUGUUGCUCUGAUUGUUACCUGGUCAGCAGUAGCUGUUAUAAUGUUUGACCUGGUGGACUACAAAAACUUUGCAGGAAAUUCUGUUAACAAGCUCAGCAAAGACCCACUGAGAGUCAUACAUCAGACCUUGGAAGAAUCCACUGAUUGGCUUUAUGGCUUUAUUUCUUUCCUGUCUGACAUCGUUUCAACUGAUGAUGAUGACAGCGAUGAAGGUGAAGUGGAACCUCCACUGAAGAAAAAAGCUGAAAUUCACCCUGUGACCAAAAAAAAAGAAAUUCAUAAAGAGAAGCCUGACAGACAAGAAAAACUUGAAAAACAAGCACCAAAAGUAAUUCACAAAGACAAACCUGAAAAACAAGAAAAGAUUGAACGGAAAGAACAACCAAAAGUGAUGCACAAAGACAAACCUGAAAGACCAGAAAAACCUGAAAAGAAAGAAAAACCCAUAGUUGCUCAGAAAAUCAAACCAGAAAAACAGGAGAAAACUGAAAAAGCACCUCCAAAAGUCAUUCAAAAAGUCAAACCUGAAAGAGAAGAAAAAAUUGAAAAGAAAGCUCCUCCUAAAGAAGAAAAGAAAGUGAAGAGCCCCAAAGUUGACGAAAAAGUUAAAAAGGACACGAAAGAUGGAAAAGAAGAAUCAAAGACAGUUGAAAAAAGCAAGCUGACAGAAACAAAAGUAGAGGAAGCUGGAUUAAUAAAGGCAAAACCGAAAGUGAAAGAGGAGAAAGCAGUGAAGGCUGAAACAAAAUCGGAAAAGAAAGAUCAAUAUGCAUUCUGUCGCUAUGUGAUUGACAUGUUUGCACACAGGGAUUUUUAUACAGGACAAAAGGAAACAGAACCUCCUCAUAUACUUGUAGAGCAACAUCCAAGAAAGAAGCCUGCAGCACCAGCUGUUGAAGAAGAAAAGCCUCUUGUGAUCGCUAAGGAAGUGAAAAGAACAGAGGAUGAAAAGAAAGUUACCCAAGAGAAGAGAGCUAUUCCUGAAACUAAAAAGAAAGAAAAAGAAGAGGAAAAAAAGAAAUCCUCUGAAAAGACCAUCCCUGAAAUAAAGAAAGCAGAGCCAGUAAAAGAAAAGCCUUCACUUCCACUUUUAAAGAAAGAAGGGCCAGCAAAAGCUCCUGCAGCCAAACCAGCCCUUCUAAAAGUACCGGCACCAGUUUCCAAGACACCAGCAGCAGCUAAAAUAGCAGAAGAAUCAUCCAAGAAGGAAAAGCUGGUGGAAACUGCCAAACCAUCGAAGAAGGAAAUACCUGUAGUAGCUCUAAAAGCACCUGUAUCUGUGGGAAGUCAUAAGGGAAAAGAAACUCAACAAGCCAAAGAGGAAGUUGUUGCAGUUGCAGCUAAGAAAGCAAUACCUGGAAAGAAGGAAGAAAAAACAGUGAAGGCAGUGGAGCAAGAUAAACCAAAGCUGAAAGAAACAAAACCUGUAAAAGAAAAAGAAGUGAAACCUCCAGUUACAACAAAGGAUAAAGAGUAUAUCAAAGAAAAGGAAAUGAAGCAUCCUGCAACUUUAAAAGAUAAAGAACAUGUAAAAGAAAAAACUGUGAAGACUCCAGAAGUCCCAAAGGACAAAGAGCAUGUAAAGGAAAAAAUUGUGAAGUCUCCAGAAGUCCCAAAAGACAAAGAACAUGGACAAGGAAAAGCAGUGAAGACUCCAGAAAUCCCAAAGAACAAAGAGCAUGGACAAGAAAAAGCCGAGAAGACUCCAGAAAUCCCAAAGAACAAAGAGCAUGGACAAGUAAAAUCUGUGAAGACUCCAGAAAUCCCAAAGAACAAAGAGCAUGGACAAGAAAAAGCUGUGAAGACUCCAGAAAUCCCAAAGGACAAAGACCAUGCAAAGGAAAAAAAUGUGAAGUCUCCAGAAAUCCCAAAGGACAAAGAACCGGUUAAAAGGAAAGAAGUGAAGACUUCAGCAACUUUAAAGGAAAAGGAGCUGACAAAAGAAAAAGAAGUGAAGCCUCCAGUUCCUGUCAAAGAAACAGGGGUCACAAGAAAACAAGCAGUGAAGCCUCCAGUACUCAUCAGAGAAAGAGAAUCUGAAGUCAAAAAAGAAGAAAAGACAUCAAAACCAGCUCCAGUGAAAAGUGAAGGCGAGAAGAAAGAACCUGAAGUCAAAAAAGAAGACAAGCCAGCAAAGCCAGUGGUUUUAGAAGCCCAAAAGGUGAAAGACACUAAAGUAGUCCUUCAUCCUGCUGCUGAAGGCAAAAAAGUCGAGGCCAAACUACCAACUACAGUUGUAAAACCUCAUGAACACAAGCAUCAAUCUACUAAACAAGAAAAAGCUGUUCCCCCUGCAAAAUCAGAGGAAAAAAUGAAACAAGAAAAGACAGCUCCCACUGAAAAAUUAGUCAAAUCAAAGCCAGCAAAGCAUGAAGCUGUCAGACAUGAAAAAGAAGUUCCACAAACAAAAUCAGCUAGAGCAAAAGUAACUGCAAAACCAGCAUCUGAAAUGACAGUAGCAGCAAAGAAAAAAACAGAAAAGGCUGCAAAAGAAAGAGAAGAAAAAACAGAGAAGAAACAUCUUAAAGAGAGAAAAGCCAAAGUCCCGACAGUAAAAGAAAUUCUAAGACAGCACAACCUGACAACAGAGAAGAUUUCUAAAGCUGCAAAAACAGCAAAAGAAUAUGCAGAAAUAAUUUCCAUUAAGAAAGAGAAAGCUCCAGUCCGCUUCUUUCAAUGUGUCUUUCUAGAUGGAAACAAUGGAUAUGGAUUACAAUUCCCUAUUACUCCAACUCCCAGCCAUGAGAAGAGUCCUAGUCAUCCAAAGACUUCAGGGCGGAAGUCAAAGAAAACAGGACAGUAAAGAGACAUGAGACCCGUGGGGUGUUUUUUUGAGAUUUUGCACUUUAUCCCAUCUACUGAGGUCCUCAGUAUCUACAGUGGUACUUGUUACUGUAGAAAUGUGAUCUAGUAGAUCUGACGCACCUGGGAAAGUGUCUUACUGAGGAGGGAAAAGAGGUGGUGGAUGAACAUUGUUCAUCCAAAUACUAUUAACAUUGUUCUUGAGGAAAAGCUGUGGUGUUGAAAUAGUGUUUGUCAAAUUGUGCAGUUUGUUUGUGCAUGUGCAUUUUCCUGCCUCUUCUGCUCUUCUUUUUUCCUCUACCAGUUCUGAAUUCAAGUGCAUCUAUUUUCCAUGUAAUCAUUUUAAAGAGCAAAAAUAUUAAUGCAAGGCUUCUUUCAGCAACAUUUUUUGCAAGAUUACCUGGAAUCCUAAAUCAUAUCCUGUCAAUAUUCAAUCAGAUUACUGACAGGAAAAAGCGUUAGUAAAUCUGAAAAUGUGCUACAUGACUACUGCUAUUUUUAUGUAUAAUUGACCAGUUUAGAAGGAAGCACACAUACCUUUAAGCUGCUCAAUGUAAUACAGUGAGGUUUACUAUUCAAAUUAUGUUAAAGAUGAGUAUUUACAUUUACUUUGAAGGCAAGAAAUAAAAACUUGCUAUAUAUGCCUACUAUGUGUAUGUAAAAUCUUACCACCUCACCUUUCCUCUCAUUUUGAGAUCUGGGGAAGUGAGCCAAGAUGGGGCUGGGCAAAGGAGAGGUGAAGAUCAUGGAAGUAUACUGUGAAGAUCUCAUGAGUGGGAAGGAUUUUUUUUUAACUUCCUCUGUCUCUGUAUGGACAAUGUCAUUAUCAAGUCAGCAUUAGACUGCAGAUUGACCAUGCUGGCUAUCAUGUGUUUUUAGAAAAAGUCAGACAGGAAGCUAUAUUAUCAGACACGACUUGUGACACAAAAUGAAAUUUUCAAAUAAAAAUGUCAACAUGAUAUAAUCUCGAUGCGAUCAGCAAAAAUUGGAUAAAUGUAAGAAAUCUUGAUGUUUAAAUUUGCUAGAUGAGACUGAUGGCCUUAUAAGUUAUUAUCUAGGUUUCCAUCAAAGUGCAUUGUAUUAUCAAUUACUUUUAGAAUGGGCAUUGCAAGUAAACAUACCAGGCCUCAGCCAACUUGUUUAUUUCUUCGGACAGAAUGAAUUAUCCAUGUUAAAUAAAAGAGAUGUGCUGGUA